AUGCAGUACGGUUCCAAGAUGGCCGGCAAGCCGGCAACUAGCACUCAAGGAGCCACAUCUUCAAUGCAAGAGUCCCGAGGAAGCAAGUCUAGUAGGAGCUCAGAAAAUAAUCCGUUCAUCGAAUGUGCAACGUCGCUGUCCAACUUAGCCUCAGCUAAACUCAAAAUUAAAGAUUGCCGGGAAUGUGAUUAUGAAAAGUACGACGUUCGCAUGGAAGGUCAAAUUGUUGAAUCUUUUGAAGAUGUGCCCCCCCGGAAGGAAGGACAGACACAACAAUGCUCUCAGUCUGGCAGCCAUAUUCCAGCACUUGGUGAAUCUAUUGUGUAUCUCUGCACUCCAUACACGAAUAAGUUUGAAAAGAAAUCCACUACAAUGAGUGUAGGUGGCACUAAAAAGGAACUCAUAAAUGGACACCCAAUUUACAUGCUUCUACUAGUUGCAGCAAAAGACCAUGAUAUGACUCCUCUGGGAAGUGCGCAUGAUGCCAGGGUUCUGGAUGGGGCUCUAACUGGCCCAAAUCAUUUUUCAAUGCCGCCCUCAGGUAAGAACUAUUUGGUGGACUCUACAUACCGCAACAUGUCUGGAUUUUUACCUCCUUAUAGGGGACGGCAAGCAGAUUUAAGUGGUCGCAGGCAUGGAACAUUUGCCAGAGCAAAAGAGCUCUUUAACUAUAGGCACUCGUCGUUACGUAACGUUAUCGAGAUAACAUUUGGUGUGCUGAAAAAGAGAUUUGCUAUCCUACAGGGAGCCGUGCCGAACUACCUAAUGACAACACAAAUUAAUGUAGUUAUUGCAUGUUGUGCCGUUCACAAUUUUAUAAGAGAUCAACUCCUUGACGACAUGUAUUUUGCGAACCCAGAAGAGGGAGAUCCAAAUGAGAUUGGUGCAAUUCCCUCCUAUCCAGAGAUACAGCCGCUACAUUAUCCGCCCAAAAUUGUUCACCAAUGGAGUGCCAUGAGGGAUACGAUGGCCAAGACUAUGUUCGCUGCUUAUAGAAAUACGCGCACUCGAUGA